GGGCGUUUGGGGCAUCAGGAAUAGGGCAGAUAUACUCCGAUGCUCGGACCGACCUCGUUGCUCCACCGCUCUCCCUGUCGAUACCUCACCUCGCCCCCCUCAUGGAAUCCGCUGUCUUGGUCCUUUCCUUCCUCACUGCUCCUCUCCUCGUCCAGAAUUCUCCGGUGAUCUUUCACCAAUCCUUUUCUCCAUCUCGGAGCUCCAUUAUCCUGGUUUUUCUCUCUUGAUUUCGAGAAAGAUCCCUUCUUUCUGUGAAAUAUUUUAUUUUGGUGGUCCUCUCGUCGUCGAUGACUCGUGUGCAUUUCUUUCAGAGUCCCGGGACUUCGAUGAGUUCUGGGCAGUUGCAGCUUUAGGAGAGAAUAGAAGGACAAAUUUGGGUUUUUGGAAGUGGUUAGGGUUGCGUAUUGCUGUGAGUUUAUGGGAAUGGGUUUGUCGAAGUAUGAGCCUGUGCCAAAGACUACCUUAUUCGCUUUCCUUCUUCUUUGUCUGCUGGUUGGGUCGGCGGGUGGCAAUUUGGUGCUGAUCGGCAGAAAUGUAUCAUUGACAUUCCCGGAUGUCGAGGCCAAUUUUGGGUUUUCAAUACCAUGGGGAGGAUCAAGCAAUCACAACAACAUCCACCGUGCAUUUCUUAUUUUCUUUUUCUCAUGUGUAGUUGCCACUAAGUUGUUUUUCUUUUUAUGUUCAGCUCCAUCGGUAAAAGGAUCUGGUGAGAAUGGGGUAUUAUAUGUUGCCGAUCCAACUGAUGCAUGUGCUCCAUUAACAAAUGAAGUUGCUCAAGGUUUAGAUUCUCGAUUUGCAUUGAUUAUAAGAGGAGGAUGUACAUUUGAUGUUAAAGUCAGAAGUGCACAAAAUGCUGGCUUCAAAGCUGCAAUUGUAUAUGACAAUGAAGAUAGAGGUUCCCUGAUUUCAAUGGCAGGAAAUUCAAUUGCCAUCCAUAUCCAUGCUGUGUUUGUUUCUAAGGCCUCUGGCGAGAUACUAAAGAAAUAUUCUGGUCGGACUGAUUUGGAGUUGUGGAUUACACCCACCUUCAAGAAUUCAAUAUGGUCAAUUAUGGCCAUCUCCUUCAUAUCACUACUUGUCGUGUCUGCUGUGCUUGCUAUGUGUUUCUUCAUCCGCAGACACCAUAUCAGGCAUGAACGGCCUAGAGUUUCUAACGUUCGAGAGUUCCGUAGAAUGAGCAGUCAACUGGUUAAAGCCAUGCCAAGUCUCAUAUUCACCUCAGUUGUGGAUGAUAAUUGCACUUCAACAACUUGUGCUAUUUGCCUAGAAGACUACAAUGUUGGGGAGAAGCUUAGGCUAUUGCCAUGUCAUCAUAAGUUCCAUGCAUUUUGUGUCGAUUUCUGGCUCACUACUUGGAGGUCUUUUUGCCCUGUUUGCAAGCAAGAUGCUAGGGCAGGAAUACCUAAUAUUCCAGCUUCUGAGUACACUCCUUUACUGUAUUCUGGUGCAGCAACUCCAUCUUCCAAUGCAGGACUAUCAUCAUUUUGCUCAUCCAUGGCAUCGUCCCCAGCCAUCCAAAUAUCUCCUCGGCGGUCACAGUCAAAUUGCCAACCAUAUUCAUUCUCUAGUGCUCGUUCCCCAGCUACUCAAAUAGCUACAAUGACUCCCCAUUCACAAUCAAGUUCGUUCUCUAGUGCAUGUAUCGCUAACCCACAAAGCUCUUAUGGUCACUCACCAGCAUUUAGAAUUGGUAGAAGUUCUUUGGACCCUAGAAAUGCAUCAUCUCAUAGACCUCAAACUUAUCUUCUAUCAUCUCAUUCCUUGGAAUUUCCUGGGUCAUCGUCUAUCAAUUCAGGACUUGCAUCCUCUUAUAUUCUUGGUUCAAGUUAUGUGUCCCCGAGCAACCUUGCUGCAUCUUCGAGUCGACAGUCAUACUUGAGACAUUGCACUGAAUCAGGUGCAAGCCUAUCUGAGUUGGCCUCGGCUCAAUCUCCGCCAGGAUGUUGAUUUAUAUCAAUUUUCUGCAAUGAGGUCUUGAACUAUGUACAGCUGCAGUUUUGCUGCACGUUAUCAAUUCUUUGUUGUAUGGGUUGUCAGAUCCUAGAUGGCAGCAUGAGUUGCAGUAACAAUUUGAUUCACUGUUCUACAAUGAUGUGGUGGUUCAUGUGCUCAACAUGAUUAUUCAGGUUUUAUGGUUUCGAUCUAAUUUUGUGUUUGGCUGCUGUCAUCAUUGUGUGAUGGGAUCACAAGAUGCUGAUUUGCUUUGAUGUGUAGAAGUGUUGGUCAUUGAUUGUUUGAGGACAAAACAUGCACUUACUUGAGACAGGGGUUCUGUAAUCUGUGGAUGAGUUAGCCUCCUCUAAGAUCUGUGGCUACAGUGUAUCUUUCAGACUUACAGCCCAAGGGUGUCAAUUGAAUGUUGGAUGUAGUGUGCCAUGUAGUUUAUUACCCAUGAUACGCUUGUGGAAAGGCUUUGUAGGUAUAUAAAAAAAUGAUUUUUUUGCUCAUUAUCCUGACCCAUGUGACAUAAAUAUGUCGUGAACCCUAUGUAGUUUUAUCUACCGUUGGCGAAGCUAAAUCUUAUCUGUUAGCCACUAUUUUACAGUUCUACUCUAAUGGUUUUGUCGCUCGACACCAGAGAAAUCCAUCUACAAGCCAAAAAAUUUGUUGCUCGAUUAGUGGCUGUUCAUUCACUGAAUCAUAAAUUGUCACAAAAAUCACUGCAUUCUGGCAUAAAUUUGGAUGCUGUCAGAAUACAAGCUGUUCACUGUCGCUUGACAUGGCUGUCAGAUUGCAAGUCACAACCUCAGUCUACAACAAACUGAGCCACACAAGUGCAAGCUAAGCUCCCAGUCGACUAAAAGCUUCAACAAAGGCAGUUUAGGAUCCUUCUUUAAUUGCUCGUGCUCUUCUUGUUCCUUUUUCUGGGGCUCUGUAAAAGCAGAGAUGCUUUAUCUGAUCUUUUUGUUCUUACUGCAUAAAGGUCUUCAUUCUUUCAAGGAGGAGGUCAGGGAGCACUCUUUAUGUAAAGAAUGUGACACGCUUCCAUAAAUAAAUCUGCCUUUUCCUCCUAGGAAACCGAGGUAAAGAAGGAUACCUUCUCAACCAAGGAUCUUCUCGUGAAAUCUGUGUGCCAAGUGUCUCGAUUAUGUGUACUUGGGGAAUUGUCCUGUUAACAGGCUAAAUGAUGGUAAUCUUGUGGAGAUUGGCCUUUGCCGAUUCAGGUUGCUUGAGAUCAGUGGGUUUUGUCAACUUUUUCAUGAUAAGAUGUUGGGGACUAUGAUAUCUCCUGCUGCUUCAUGCUGUCAUGGGGUCAUUUCAUCAUAGGUUCUGAAUCUUAAUCAAUUCUGAUUUACUUCUCUCUCCA